AUGAUCAAAAUCUUCACUCUUCCGAUCUCCAUUAUCUAGAUAUUGUCCUUUUAUUCAAAGCUCUUCCGCAGGGCGCUUACCGCCUUCUCGUAUGAGGCGUCUGAGUACAUCGAUUGUUCAUUUCAGAGUAAGGAGAGCAUUACUGAACCCCAGAUUGAGAUGAUCCGCCAAAUACAAGGCAUUGACUCGGAAGAUUUAUCUUUAGAACCUGUAAAAGAAACUACUAAAAAACGUCGUGCUAGGAACAAUGAGGAUAAUGACAUUAGUGGCCAUGCUGAUGAUGAUGAAGAAGAAGAUACAGAGGAUGGGGCUGAUAUAAGUUCAAAUACAGAUUGUGAAUCACCGAACAGAGACGAUCAUUUGGAAAGUUCUGAUGAUGCAGAUGUAGAAAAAGAAAUUGAUAAAGGGGGCACUAAGAAGAGAAAACCCAAAAGUAAGAGGACAAAGGGAGAAAAAGAUGAGGUUGAAGUCAUACAAAAAAUAAAUGAUAAGAAUGAAGAUGCAGACAAGCUUGGCCUAGAUGAAAAAGCAGGCUCUCGAAAAAGUGUACAGGGACGACGGCAUUCGAAACGUCAACGCCAGCAAGAAAGUAAUCAAGACCUAAAUCAGCCUCCUCGAAGUCGAAAACAUCAAGAAGAUGCCAGCAAAAGCCAAGCAGAUGGAGCCGAUACUGGCGAGACUGAUGAUAUGGACGACCGUGAUGGUUAUGACAGUGAGGAGCCGGAGGAGGCUGGUACUGAAAACCUGCGCUCAGUGGCCGCUUCUGAUUCGUCGUUGGUGAUCACACGUCGUGGUAACACUACUGGUGGAAUCACUACGACUGGCUCAGAUUCGGAAAGGCCCGGCCAUGUGGAGACUCGCGAAAGCCUUGUCGGUAGGCUAGCUGACGGGAUUCUAGCUCGUCUUCCAAUAUUAUUCGACGUAGAGAGUCUGAGAAAGCGGCAUAUGGGCACUGAUAUCUCGCCUACAACGGUAGUGCUGCUACAAGAGUUAGAAAAAUUUAAUCUUAUUCUGCGCAAGAUCUAUGUGUCGCUGAACGAAUUGAAAAGUGCAUUGAGUGGUGAAGCUGGCAUGUCAGCAGAGCUGGACGAAAUCUGUCGUUGCAUAAGCAACAGCACCUUACCUACCAGCUGGCGCACCCUUGUUCCACAGACAGAAAAGUCACUAGCUGACUGGCUUCUGCACUUGCUGCGUCGCAGUGAACAGUAUAAAAAAUGGGUGAAUUGA